ACUCCACCUUUUUCUUUCUCUUUUCUUCUUUAACUUUUCCCCCCUCCUUCUCUUUCUUACAUUUAUCAUGUCAAGCACUGCUACAAACAGUCACGCCCACGACGAUGACUCUGACUUUGAUGAUAUGCUGGACGAUGUUCUUGACGACUUCAACGGCCUGUCUACAAAGGAAGUUCCCACAAAACCAGCAGCCAAGGGUGACCAAAAGUCAACAAAGACAACAGUAGAAGAUGAGGAUCCCACAGAAGACAGUUUGGAAUCCAUGUUUGACAAUGACGAGUUUUCUCGCCAACUUGCUGCCGGGAUGGAAGAACUGAUGGGACAGAUUGGCAAUGGGGCUGCUGGAAUUGGCGGUGGCGGUAAUAGUAACAGUAGUAAUAGUAGUAGUAGUGGUCAGGAUGCUGAAAUGAAACAAGUGUUUGAACAAGUCUGGAAAUCACUUGAUUCUGAAUUCUUGCUUCCAACUGGCUCUGGUAGCUCGAAAACACCAACCACAGAGUCAUCACCAUCAAAAAACCCUAAUACCACCACAACCACAGCCACAUCAAAUACAACAAACAAAGACCGGGGAACCGGAUCAAGUGACACAGGAACACAGACACCUUCUGCCCAAUCUUUCCAAGACACCAUUGCUCAGACCAUGAACAAAUUGAAAGAUAGUUCAAAACAAGUUGACUCAUCGAUUGCUGAAGAAACAGACGAUGCUUUUAUGGCCGAACUUAUGAAGCAAAUGGAAUCUCUUUCUGAUACCGGAGAGUUUGAAAAUGUUCUUGAAGGCAUGAUGCAGCAACUGAUGUCCAAAGAAAUGCUGUACGAACCUAUCAGAGAUCUUGCCAAAAAGUACCCUUCGUGGCUUGAAGAGAACAAGACCAAAUUGAACAAGACAGAUUAUGAAAAAUAUUCUUCACAAUACCUUGUAUGUCAACAAAUCGUUGCAAAGUAUGAAGCUCCUGGAUUUGAUGAAAAGAACGAGAGCCAAUCAAAGGAAAUCAUGGAUCUUAUGCAAAAAAUGCAAGAUUUUGGUCAGCCUCCGCCAGCACUACUCGAGGAAAUGGCACCUGGAGCAAACUUUGGCAAUCCCGGUGAAAUGCCAGAUGUAAAGGACCUUGAAAACUGCACAAUAAUGUAAAAGAAUGAAAUAAGAACAAUAAUAAAACAAAAACAAAAGAAAUUAUCAAAUAU